AUGAAUACCGCUGGAAGACAGUUAAAGCGACAAGAUGCUGAAAUUAAAGAAAAAGAAAAGAAAAUGAAUACCACUGGUAGAAAGUUAAAGCGACAAGAUGCUGAAAUUAAAGAAAAAGAAAUGCAGAUGGAUAAGCUUGCAAGAAAGUUAAAGCGACAAGAUGCUGAAAUUAAAGAGAAAGAAAGGGAAAUGGAUAAGUUUGCAAGAAAGUCCAAGAGACAAGAUGCUGAAAUUAAAGAGAAAGAAAGGGAAAUGAAUACUGCUGGUAGAAAGUUAAAACGUCAGAAUGUUAAAGUGCAAGAAAAAGAAAAAGAGGGCAGUAGAAUUUCAAAAAGAAAAUGCAGAGAAAACCCAAUUGUUCUUGAAAGGGAAAGGUUAAAAAAGCAAGCUAAACGAAGCAACAUUUCAUUUAGAGAAAAUGAGAGAUUGCUAAAUAGAGAACAGAAACAGAGGCAAAGAGCAGAUAAAGAAUAUUGUGAAAAAGUAAAUGAACAACAUAGACGGAAAAGAUUUGGAAUAGAUAUAGAGGAUUGCAUCCAAAAUUUUCAUGAACAGAUAAAACGUGGUCCAAUUUUUGUAUGCACAUGUUGUCAGCAAACAUGGUUCAAAGAAAGUGUUUCUAAAGUGAAAAACAUCAAACUAGAUGACGAAUGUAAAAGCAAGUUUCUUACAAGCACUGUGUCUGUUGAAAAUGUGGAAUGGAUUUCAAGUGAAAUGGUUCAGGAACUAGUGAGAACACAGACAAGAAGCAACCAAAAUACUGAUGAUGAUGAGACGGUUGAUGAUGAUGAUGAUGAAUUCUGUGAAGUAGAUGGAGUUGGUAGAGAUGGUAAUUGCGAUACUCUGUUAGAUGAUGCUUCAAGAGACAUGAAUCAGAUUUACACAUUUGCUCCAGGUGAAGGACAACGCCCACUUAGUUUAUAUCAAGAUCAGACAGCUGAGUAUUUAUCAUUUCCAACAAUUUUUUGUGGAAAGGGAAGAUUACAAGAUGACAAAAGACAAGUACAUGUGUCCUAUGCAGAUAUUGCUAAAUGGGAAUUAAGAAGUGUUGAUAGACGUGCUGCCCAGUCUGUUCCAAAUUUGUUUUUCAAGUUGAAAAAAAUACAAAUGAAGCAAGUUACAGACAAAUGCAACCUGGCUCUUAGGAAAUGCAAAACUAAAGGAAGAUCCAUAACAGCAAAUGAAAUGAAAAAUCCUCAAAAUGUGAAUAAUCUUGUUAGACAUGAUGAAGGUUUCUUUGUGUUCAGGCAGUUACGAAAUUCACCUGCAUAUCUUGAGACUAGAAAAAAGGAUGUGUUUGCUAUGAUCAGACAGCUAGGUCUACCGACAUGGUUUAUGUCAUUGUCUGCUGCAGAUACAAGAUGGAAUGAUCUCAUCAGAGCACUUGGAGUGUUAAAUGAUGGAAAAGAAUACACUGAUGAAGAAAUCAAUAACAUGACUUGGUUUGAAAAAUCAAAAUUAGUACAAAAGGAUCCCAUCACUUGCUCUAGGUACUUUGAUCAUAGAUUCCGUUUGUUUAUGAAUUCAGUGUUGAGAAGUGAUCAUCAUCCAAUUGGUGUUGUAAAAGACUUCUUCUACAGAACUGAAUUUCAACAAAGAGGAUCACCACACAUUCAUAUGAUUGUUUGGAUAGAAAAUGCACCAAAAUAUCAUGAAAAUAAUGAACAGGAGAUUGUAAAUUAUGUAGAUAAUUACCUGAAAUGUGAAAAGAAUGAAGAGGAUGGUUUGUCUGACUUACAAGUGCACAAACAUUCACAGACAUGCAAAAAGAGAGGCAAAGCUGUAUGUCGAUUUGGUUUUCCCCUCCCUCCUCUUGAAGAGACUUUGAUUUUGGAGCCACUAGAGUGUGAUGUUGAUAAGUACAAGAAGAUGUAUGAUGACAUUCAGAAACAGCUGAAUGAUAUGAAAAAUGGAUGUGAUUUGCCCUACAAGGAACUCCUGAGUACAGUACUUAAGAUAUCUGAGGAAGAUUACAUAAAAUACAUUAGAAGUUCACUGAGAGGUCCAAAGGUUUUUCUAAAAAGAAGUCCAUGUGAUAUGAGGGUAAACUCGUACAACAGUGUUGUUCUUAAUGCUUGGAAAGCUAACAUAGACAUUCAAUAUAUUUUGGACCCAUAUGCCUGUGCAAUGUAUAUUGUUUCCUAUAUAAGUAAAUCACAAAGAGGGAUGAGCGAUUUACUUAACAGAGCUGCAAAAGAAGCUAGAGAAGGAAAUCUUGACAUAAAAAGACAGGUACGUCACAUUGGGAAUCAUUUUCUCAACAGUGUAGAAGUUGGAGCUCAAGAAGCAGCAUAUUUAGUGUUACAAAUGCCAAUGACAAAAGCUUCAAGAGAUGUUGUUUUUAUAAACACAAGUCCAUCAGAUGACAGAGUAAUUCUGAUCAAAACAGAUGCUGAAUUAGAAAAGUUGACACCAAAUUCUACAGAUGUGGAAUGUAGCAAUGUUAUUAAACGGUAUGCAAAACGCCCAAAGCAGCUUGAAAACUGGUGCUUAGCUGAUUACGUAUCACAGCUAGAUGUUGUCUUCCCUAAAGAUAAUGAAAAAGAGUUCACUGAAAAUGAAGUGAAUGAUGAUGAUCAGGACAAUCAGUCAGAUGAUGAAGACAAUUCAGAUGAUGACUUUAGUGAAAGUGAUACACUUUUGACUUUGAGAAACGGCAUGAAAAUUAAACGACGGAAAGUACCAAGGAGAAAUGAAUCCACUGAUCUAAUAUCAGGAAUGGACACAUUUGAGAAGUCAUUUCAUCAGAAGAAGUCAUUUCUUACACACAAGGUCAAGGAAUAUGAAUUCAAUGCUGAACAGCUUGAUGCAGCUUUGCAAAUGGCAAAUGAAGACUUUUCAGAAGCUUUUGAUGAGUUGGCACCAGAUGUUCAGCAAAGAGAGGCAGAAGAUGAAAAUGAAGGAUCUUUUGAAUCUGAAAACUUUGUUCAGUUUAAUCCUGAGAGGCCUAUUGAACAGAGACAGUAUGAUAUAGGAUCUGACCUUGGCAUUCCAUCAACAAGACAAAUAACUGAAGAAAGUUCAGUUAGAUUACCAGAUAAUGAAUACUUGAAUCUUUUAGGAAGUCUAAAUGUAAAGCAGCGGGAAUUUUUCAAUCAUGUGUUGCAAUGGGUAAAGACAAAGACAGAACCUAUUUAUUCAUUUUUGUCUGGAGGUGCUGGUGUUGGCAAAUCUGUUUUGAUAAGGGCACUUUAUCAAGCUCUGCACAGAUACCUAUGUUCCACAGAGGGUGAAAAUCCAGAUGACAUAAGAAUACUUCUUUGUGCUUAUACUGGCAAGGCGGCAUACAACAUUGGAGGAGCAACUAUAGCAUCUGCUUUCCAUCAAAAAAUUAAUCAAAGUCAACAAAGUUUGCACUCUGACGAAUUGAACACUUUUCGUACAAAGUACCAAAACCUGAAAGUAAUCAUUAUUGAUGAGAUAUCAAUGGUUGGAAAUAGAUCAUUAGCACUCAUUGACAGUCGUCUACAACUUCUCACAGGCAUCAAGAAACCAUUUGGUGGUAUAAGUAUCAUUGCUGUUGGUGAUUUUUUCCAACUUAAGCCUGUGAUGGACCGUUGGAUCUUUCAGGAUUUAAAUCAUGAUGCCCAAGUUCUUGCAAGCAAUCUUUGGAAGGAGCAUUUUUCUUUUUUUGAGUUGGACGAAAUCAUGCGCCAAAAAGAUGAUAUUGAGUUCGCUCAACUUCUGAAUCGCCUUCGUUACAACGCAAUGACAGCAGAAGAUAUGAAUGUGAUACACAGAUGCAUGAUAACAGAAACAAGUGACAAUUAUCCAUAUCAUGCUCCUCAUCUCUUUACACAGAAUUCUAAAGUAGAUGCAUACAACAAUCAGUUGAUUGAAAAUCUUGGAGGAGAAAAGGUCACAGUGAAUUCAGUUGAUUCUGUUAUUAAAGAUUAUUCAAAAGAAGUUAAGGAAAAACUGCUAAGAUCUCUUCUUAAAGCAGAUGAUGUAAGCAAAACUGCCAAUUUGAUGCAAAAUUUGAUUCUUGCUGUUGGGAUGAUAUAUGAUAUCUCAGUCAAUGUUGAUGUAUCUGAUGGUUUGACAAAUGGUUCAUCAUGUAAAUUGCAAUUAAUUGAAAGGAGAAUGGAAGGUAUAUCAAGGCCAAGCAUAGUUUGGAUGGAAUUUUUUGACUCUGGAAUUGGAAAAACUACUCGAAGAAAAUACAGACAUUUAUUUCAUGAUGGAAUUUCUGAGAACUGGACACCAAUGUUUGAAGUUCAACGGUCUUUUCUUUUGAAUUACAAUACUUUUCAGAGAAUCCAAUUUCCAUUACGGCCAGCUGCAGGAAAAACAAUUCAUAAAGCCCAAGGUUGCACAGUUGAUGAAAUUGUAAUUGAUAUGUCUCAAACAAAAGUGAGGAAAAUUCCCCACAUCCACUAUGUAGCACUUAGUCGGGUAAGGUCAGUAGAUCAUCUGCAUAUUCUAAACUUCAAUGAGCAGGCAUUAUCUAUGGAUGAACAAGUCGUAGAUGAAAUGGAGAGAAUGAAAAAAGAGGUGCCACUCCAACUUUGUUAUGUCCCAAUAUACCAGGUUGAUUUGCAUCGUUUAAAGAUUGCUUUUAACAAUUGUAGAUCUCUUCACAAACACUUUCCACAAAUUCAAAAUGAGCCAAACAUUCUUGCUUCAGAUGUAGUUGGAUUCUCAGAGACAAGAUUAACUAGUGCAGAUGUGGAAAAUUAUCAACUUCAGGGAUACACAGCAAUAUUUAACCAUGAGACUUUAGAUAAUUCUGAUAGUCGUCCACAUCAUGGAACAGCACUGUAUGUGAAAGACAUUUACAAGACAACUUGCAUCUCAAAGUUUCCAUUAAAUAUGAUGGGGCUCCUAAAUAAAAAGGCAGCAGAGGGAGAAGCAAAACAGUGCCCCCUCCCUCACCCCAUUUAUUCCAGUCAUACCCCACAAAGUUUGGGGUUUACACUGGAAUCACCAUGUCCAUCUGCUUGUCUGGGUGUACACUGGUAUCAUCAUGUCUGCCUGUGA